CCUCAGUAGAAGUCAAAUCUACCACGAUGACACACUACGGAGUCGGAGUAAUUAUUACGCUGUUGGCAUUGGGCUUUAGCCAGGCUAAUGGAAACAUAUUCGAGCGGACAUUCAAGAAACUUCACGAGGAACCUUAUGUUCCGACGAACCAAAAUAGAGCCGACGAGGUGCAAACGUUGUGGAUCGAACAGAAGCUGGACCACUUUAAUGACUCUGAGACUCGAACUUGGCAAAUGCGCUACUUGUUGAACGAUGUGUUUUUCAAAGCCGGUGGUCCCAUGUUUAUAUACCUUGGUGGAGAGUGGACAAUUAGCAAUGGAUUUAUUACAGCGGGUCACAUGUACGACAUGGCCAAGGAGCACAAUGGACUUCUAGCAUAUACUGAGCAUCGAUAUUACGGAGAAAGCCACCCAUUACCAGAUUUGUCCAACGAGAACCUUCGAUUCCUGCAUGUAAAACAAGCUUUGGCCGAUUUGGCGCAUUUUAUAAAAACGCAGAAGGCUUCGUAUGAGGGCUUGAGUGAUUCCAAAGUUAUAAUUGUGGGUGGCUCUUACUCUGCUACGAUGGUUACUUGGUUCAAGAGAACAUAUCCCGAUCUGGUUGUUGGCGGCUGGGCAUCCAGUGCCCCCGUCGUUGCUAAAGUGAACUUUUUUGAAUACAAAGAGGUAAUGGGCGAGUCAAUAACUUUAAUGGGUGGCUCUGCUUGUUACGACCGUAUUGAGAAGGGAAUUGCUGAGCUGGAAACGAUGUUUGCCAACAAACGCGGCGCCGAGGUCAAGGCUUUGCUGAAGCUCUGUGAACCUUUCGAUGUGAACAAUGAUUUGGACAUAUGGACGCUGUUUAACGAGAUUUCCGAAAUAUUUGCCAACGUUGUACAGACCCACAAUUCUGGACGUAUUGAAGGUGUCUGCCAGCAAAUAAUGACUGGAAGCACUGAUCUUAUUGGAGUAAGCAGCUAUCUUCUCAGUGAAUUCGGAAAAGCGAGUGGCAGCACUUAUGCCAUCAUGAAAGUACUAUUGGAUACAAGGUACAACGGCAAUAUGAUGCGUCAGUGGAUAUACCAGACAUGUAACGAGUACGGCUGGUAUCAGACAUCCAGUUCCAGCAUGCAACCAUUUGGCACUAAAUUUCCCUUAGCUCUGUUUACAACCAUGUGUGCUGAUCUCUAUGGUCCCCAGUUCGGUGAGUCAUUUAUCGAGGACCGUGCGGCUGAGACAAACGAAUACUUUGGGGGUCUUACGCCGGAAGUAGAGAAUGUGUACUUCAGCCAUGGACAGUUGGAUCCCUGGCGUGCAAUGGGCAUACAGGACGAGAAGCAGGCCACCAUCAUACCAGAACAUGCGCACUGCAAGGACUUUGGAUCGAUUAGUAAUGAUGAUACCCCGGAAAUGCGAGCCUCAAAAGAACGAGUAGCUGAACUGGUCCGCGAAUGGCUAGAAUAAUAUUGUUCAAUCAGUCGGACUAUAAUAAUAUAAAAGUAGUAGCGUUUGCUAUAAAUGUGUGUAAUAUUUGCAAUAAAAAAUUGUAUAGAA